AUGCGUAGAAUCACACGCAGAAGAGGCGCCUGCCAGGCGUGCAGGUCAAGAAAAGUUCGCUGUGAUGGAGCCGACCCUUGUCUGAACUGCGAGCGGAAUGGCCAAGCUUGCUACUAUCCGCCGCUGGCUCCUCGACCGCGCAGGAACACGACACACGGUACCGGCACCAACGGCCAGGCGUCGCACAACAUUCGCAUCAACACCGAUCAGAACGCUCCCCCCUACGAGGCAUGGCAACAAUUCUCGGGCGAAAAUGCCCUUCUGACACCGAACUCGACCGAAGAUAGGGGGAUCAACGGCGCAAAUUCGGGGAUGAACGGUGACGAUAUGAGAUGCAUGCUCGAGCUUUCGCUGCCAGACUCCUUCCCAGGCUCACAGCACGACGGCGAGUUGGGUUUGCUGGAUUUGCCAAUGCCAGGCGAGGAUGAACUUAUGGAACUGCUCGAGGCAACGCCUUCGGAAUGCAACUCGACUGGCGGAUUCAACUUCAACUUUUCAACGUCUCACGUUGACAAUCUUGUUCAGUCGCCCACGUCUGUUCAGCCCACUUCGACGAGAGACCAGUGGCAACGGAAACAGAAGACGGCUAGCCCUCCAGACUACGACACGUUAUUCAACUUCAACGAGGCAGCGGAACCUGUUUGGAACGAUUCGAACAAGCCCGGGAAGCCGGCAGACAUGAAUGAUGUCACAGUAGUAGUCGACUUCGCGGCUGCAAAUCUCUAUGGGCUGCCAAACUUCCUAUCCAGAACCAACCGAGAGCCGCAACGGACAGAGACCACCAAGAUUGUGAACGGACUACGGCGUGUUCUCUGUGGAGGUCCGUCAGCGGCAGCGAGCAAAGACGCAAUGGAUUUACAAAAGGCUUUCCCGGAGAGUGAUGCUGCGCUCUCCCGGUACUGCGAUGCAUGUUUUGAAGACUGCUGCCCGUUUCUGACCCGACCAGCCGUAGAGAAAAUCAUCAGGCAAUCCCGAGAGUCAGAAGCAGAUCAGCUCGUCACCGCCUUCGCCGAAGCCAUCUUGGCAGUUGGUUAUUACACCAGUUGCCUCCGCAGCGUAGACGCCCCCAGAGCGGACGAAAUCCGCGACUCCCAAAGACGUCUUUCGUCUGCGUUGAGACUGUAUAGCAAGAUUCAAAACUGCCCAAGCAGCCUCACGAAAUUUCAGGCGGUAAUCGCUUGCAUGUGUGACGAGUCUCGCAUCUGGGAUAAGAUCACCGCGUCUGUCUGUUGUGCCCGAGAGCUUCGGCUUGUGCACGCAGCGAGAGGUCAGCAAAGUGACUUGAGCGAACAAGAUCAGAUGCUUGCACAGCGCAGUGUGUGGUUUCUUUACAGCCUGGAGACCGACUACGCGAUUCAUCAUGGCAUGCUUCCAAUACUCGAUCUGGGCUGGGGAAGCCAGUUUCCCUCGUUCGAACAGGGCGACGACAUGAUAGCGGUGUUUUACACCCACUCGGAGCUUCUCCACUCCGUCCUCAAGUUUCAGUACAGCCCGAGGGCACUCAACAAGUCGGCUUCAGCCUACGAUCGUCGGGACCGACUUCAGGCCAGCUGCCACGUCCUCAACGAGUGGGUCAGCAGUCUGCCCACGCCACUGAACGAGGCCUACGAGGCCAAGACUCUCCAAGACAUAAGAGACAGCCGGCAGUUGCGGAAAGCCUUUCGGGUAUUUUGCAUGUAUCACCAGGCAGUGUUCUUCAUCCACUGCCCGUGGGUAUCGCCCAUCUCCUCAGACGACGCGGGCUUGUCCGGGAUUGCCGAGCAAACCCGGGAGCGAUGCAUAGAACGCUGCCUCGAGUCGGCGUUCGCGGUGGUCAAGCUGGCCAACAGCGGGCUGUUCUGGGAAAAGGGGCUUGAACGGGACAUCAGUUCGUCGAGCAGCAGGUGGGGUGACAUGGGUCAGCUUUUGCUGGUGUCGCUCUGCUUCAUUGUCUACUAUCUUGUCAACGGCGAGAAGGCCAGCCGGAAGACGGCGAUGCCUUAUCUCGCCAUCUGUGGGGGUUUAUUCGGCAGGCUCAGCCUAGACAGCGAUGAGGCGUCUCUUCUUGAUCAUUACCUAGACAUAGCGAGUAAAGGCAUUGCACUAUUUGAUCACACCACAGGACCGGCUUUGAGCUUAGCAAACGACUCCCAGGGUGACAUGACAGAAGUCUAA